GCCAGCACGGGGUUUUUGGGGUGAAACUCAACUAAAACACCCAAGAGGCUUUUCAUGUUGAAUUAUGGGACCCUCGGGCUGCCCCCCCAGUUGGUCCCAGUCCCCUCCCAGUUCCAUCCAGUCCCUUUUCCCCCUCCCCAGGCCGACAAACGCGCUCAUCACAACGCGCUGGAGCGCAAGCGCAGGGACCACAUCAAGGACAGUUUCCACAGCCUGCGGGACUCCGUCCCCUCUCUCCAGGGAGAGAAGCAACAGGCAUCCCGGGCCCAAAUCCUGGACAAAGCCACAGAGUACAUCCAGUACAUGCGCCGGAAAAACCACACGCACCAGCAGGACAUCGACGACCUCAAGAGGCAAAACGCCCUCCUGGAACAACAAGUGCGUGCGCUGGAGAAGGCCCGUUCCAGCGCCCAACUCCAGGCCAACUACCCCUCGACGGACAACAGCCUCUACACCAACCCCAAGGGCAGCGCCAUCUCCGCCUUCGACGGCGGCUCCGACUCCAGCUCCGACUCGGAACCCGACGAACCCCAGAGCAGGAAGAAACUCCGCAUGGAGGCCAGUUAGGCCCCCCCCUCGGCCUCCCCCAUCAUCAUCCUCCUCCUCAUCCUCUUCUUCUUCCUCCUCCUUCUCCUCCGGCUGCCGAAGGACUCUCUCCCUUCUCUCCUAGAAG